AUGACAUAUGCUGUGUUUGACAUCCAGGGCCAGUGGUCCUACGCAAACCCGAUACACAGGGCUGUGCCUCGCAAAUACUUGCCCACAGCUGGCACCUGGGUCGUCUUACCUGGUAUCUCGAUGGACACUGGACAAGUGUGUGAGGCCAACAAUAAGCGAAUGCUCUAUUGGGGUAACUGCGGUGAGAUAGUAUUCAGGAACAUGACCUUUAAAAAACAUCAAAACAUCACGAGUGACGUGCACAUACUUUGGAUCAGUUAUUCUGCCAUCUGGCUCUUCGGCAAGCGGUUCCUGAGUGAUGAGGGCGUAAAACCUACCGAAUUGCAAGAUCGGGCACGAAAGUUAGAUCGGCAACGGCUUGAGAUCUUAGGCUUCAGCUUCAGCGCUCACCCUCAGAGCCAAAAAGCUAGUAGAGGCUUGAGUCAAGACUUAGACAAUGGUUCUCUGGAGUCUGGAGUCUGGUUAACGACAGCCACGACCUCGAAACAUCAAUUUAAGAUGGACCCCACCACCCGACGGUCUUCCCGUUUGAGAAAUCGUCAAGGGAAGGAGACUCAGCCUUCUGCCUCAGUUGGGGCAGAAGACUCUCACAGAAACAAGCGACAAAAGACUAUCAUUAUACCGAGAAAUACAUCCAGAGGAUGUAAUAGAGAUGACAUUGGGUUAGAUAUUGUUCGAAACCCACCCACAGCGUCAAACAGUCUUCCUGAUCUUCGACGAUCACAACGAAUAAGUCCCUCGGAGCUCAUUCGACGCGAGAAUGCGGUAUUCCGGAAGGAGAACGAACUUGAACGAGAAUCUCACGAUAUCCAUGACCGAAUGAUUUCCCUUUCCAAGAGGGAAUACGAGGCUUCGUUGAUGAUGUCACAACUCGCAGAGCGCGAUGCAAGAGCAACGCUAAGCCAACUGGAGGAGCAUUUCACAUGUGCACUCUGCUAUGACAUCUUUGCUACCCCAUACUCGCUGAAUCCUGCGCUAUGCGGCCACACAUUUUGCGCAAUGUGCAUUCUCAAAUGGUUCUUCUCCAGGCUCCAUCAAGGAUGCGGAGGAUGGCACGAGUCUGUGGACUGUCCGAUUUGUCGCAGCCUAUUGACCAUCACUCCUGAUCAUAUUCCUCGGUUAAGUAUUACCUUCCCUUUUGUCCCAAACAGGACAGUUGCUGCGGUUGUUGAAUCAAUGGUAGAGAAACUCUCACAAGUGCCAUCGAACUCGACAAUACAACCCAAAUUAGAAGAUCACGAAGACGUAUGGGUGUUUGGUUCAAAGAGACGUAGGCGAGGCGAAUGUAAGAAGAACGGGCUGAAAGAGGAGACUGACAACGUUGUCAGCUUAAAUGUAAUGGACUGGAGAGAAGGUGGUCACUUGCGAGGGGAAUGGCUUAAAAAGGACAGGGAUGGUAAGAGAGAGAUGACCCAGUUAUACAAGUCCUGGCCUACUCUGCGAUCACAAGAUUUCAUCGAGUUGAAGCGAAAACUUGGUGUCUGA